AUGUACGAUAUAUUGGCGAUAGAGACGUUAUUCAAGACUCGGCUCACGGCAUCGCACCGCAUAGCUGCGGAGACAAACGCACUGGAAUCCGGUAGGUUGUGUUCAAAGGAGCUGGCGGGGCGCGAGGUGAGGUGGCGGGCACGCGGGGAGAGGCCGGAAUUAAGAGGGAGUCGAGGGGGGGUGCGGCCCGCCCUGGAUACUGAGAGGAGUUUUAACCAAUUAAUUUUGUUCCUCAACGCAAACUCCGCUAUAUAA